UGUAGAAUGAGGCUGUUCACGUGACAGUCUCCCUCUGCCUGGCUCUUUCUCUCUCUCCAGGUAACCUAGGCAACCACACACUCCAUCCUGUCAGAAAAAAAUCCCUUUUUCUCGCAGGCUAUUGAUUUCCUCUGGCACAGUGGUUUCAGGAAGAGAUUUAAAAACUACAUCUCUCGCGGGCUGGCAGGCGGCCGGGCGGCAGCAUGACGGAGCCAAGCGGAGCCGAGAUGAGGUCCCAGAUUCGGGUCACCGUCAAGACCCCCAAGAACAAGGAGGAGAUCGUGAUCUGCGAUCGAGCCUCGGUCAAGGAGUUCAAGGAGGAAAUCUCCCGGAGGUUUAAGGCUCAGCAGGAUCAGCUGGUCCUGUUCUUCGCAGGCAAGAUCCUCAAGGAUGGAGACACACUGAAUCAGCAUGGGAUCAAGGAUGGGCUCACGGUCCAUUUAGUCAUCAAGACCCCUCAGAAGGCUCAAGAUCCAGUGGCCACUCCUGCUUCUCCCCCAUCCACUCCCGACUCUGCCUCUGCACCCUCCACCACACCUGCCUCCCCUGCUGCCCCCGCCCAGCCCUGCGGCUCUGGCAAUGCCACUUCAGAUUCUGGCAAUGGAGGAGGACCCUCUCCAGUGGCUGCAGAGGGGGCCCCAAGUGCCACUGCAUCGAUUCUCUCUGGCUUUGGGGGCAUCCUUGGCCUAGGCAGUCUGGGCCUGGGUUCUGCCAACUUCAUGGAGCUACAGCAACAGAUGCAGAGACAGCUCAUGUCCAACCCUGAGAUGCUGACACAGAUCAUGGAGAACCCCUUGGUCCAGGAUAUGAUGUCAAACCCUGACCUGAUGCGCCACAUGAUCAUGGCUAACCCCCAGAUGCAACAGCUGAUGGAGAGGAACCCUGAGAUCAGCCACAUGCUCAACAACCCCGAGCUCAUGAGACAGACAAUGGAGCUUGCUCGGAACCCAGCCAUGAUGCAAGAAAUGAUGCGGAACCAGGACCAGGCCCUCAGCAACUUGGAAAGCGUUCCUGGAGGAUAUAAUGCCCUCCGCCGCAUGUACACCGACUUCCAGGAGCCCAUUCUCACAGCUACUCGGGAACAGUUUGGCAACAAUCCCUUCUCUUCCCUGGCCGGGAACUCCAACAGCACAUCUUCCCAGCCUCUUCGGAUUGAGAAUCGAGAGCCCCUCCCUAACCCCUGGAGCCCCUCGCCCCCCACCUCCCAGGCCUCCGGGUCCGGUGGGGAGGGCACCGGAGGAUCGGGGACCAGCCAGGUGCACCCGACAGUCUCGAACCCCCUUGGGAUCAAUGCGGCUAGCCUGGGGUCAGGCGUGUUCAACAGCCCAGAAAUGCAGGCGCUCCUCCAGCAGAUCUCUGAAAACCCCCAGCUGAUGCAGAAUGUGAUCUCAGCCCCUUACAUGCGCAGCAUGAUGCAGACACUCGCCCAGGACCCUGACUUUGCUGCUCAGAUAAUGGUGAAUGUCCCGCUGUUUGCGAGGAAUCCACAGCUUCAGGAGCAGCUACGCCUGCAGCUCCCUGUGUUCCUGCAGCAGAUGCAGAACUCAGAGUCGCUCUCCACCCUCACCAAUCCCCGGGCCAUUCAGGCCUUGCUUCAGAUCCAGCAGGGCCUGCAGAUCCUACAAACUGAAGCCCCUGGGCUGGUACCAAGCCUUGGCUCCUUUGGGACAUCCCGGAUGCCUGUACCCCUGGCAGGCAACUCUGGGUCUGCAGCCGAGGCCCCCACGCCCUCCCCAGGCCUACCAGGCACGCCUCCUCCCACGGCAGGUUCCAGUGCCCAGCAGCAGAUGAUCCAGCUUCUGGCUGGAAGUGGAAAUUCACAGGUGCCGAUACCAGAAGUGAGAUUUCGGCAGCAGCUGGAGCAGCUCAAUUCCAUGGGCUUUGUCAACCGUGAAGCUAACCUACAGGCCCUGAUUGCCACAGGCGGGGACAUCAAUGCCGCUAUUAAGAGACUCCUGGGGUUCCAGCUCUCCUGAUCCCUUGGCCCUUGCCUCCUGCCUUCCCCAGCUCCCAGUGCCAGCCUUUGGCUCCUCUGUCAAACCCUACCUUCUGUAGCCUUCUUUGACCUCUACAAACAACAGGGUGGAUCUGGAGGCCUGGGCCCAGCCCCAUAGCUCUGUUCAAGUGUUUUGAUUUUGUUGCUGUCUUAUGAAAUCCUUCCUCCUGGACCUCCGAGCAGAACUAUUUAGUUUGUACAGUUGGGUCAUUUGGCCCUACCUCCUUGCCCACAGUACUUUGGCAAUGUGCAGUCUUCUCCCAGGGUCUGAGAGAGGACCCCUCUGGCUCCCCAGAGUCUUCCGUAGGCACCACUACGAUGGAGGAAGGUCAUUGGCUAAUAAAGAAACUGCCUUUGCCCAUCUGAUAGGGCAGAAUUUAAAUAGACGGAGUAAACAGAACAGAAUGCUGGGAAGAAGAGGAAGU